AUGAAACCGCCAUAUUUCAAUGUUUGGUCAGAAAACUUUUACCAUAAAGAAAAUAUAUUAUCAGUAUUAAAUAGCAUACUCGUGCACUCAAUUAUUAUUGGUGCUUUUUUCAUAAAAAUUCCACAAAUAAUAAAAAUAUUUGUUAGUAAGAACGCUUCUGGUAUCUCAUUUGUAUCCAUAUAUUUAGAUAUUUUUGUAGCUAGUUCACUAAUAGUCCUUUCGAUAAGAGAUAACAUAAAUCUGAAACUAUAUUUAGACACCCUUUUAAUUCUUGCGCAAAAUCUUUUGAUAUUAUAUUUUAUGUGGAAAUAUAGCAACCCAUACUCAAAAUUCAUUAAAAUUUUCAAAAUUUGUUUAUAUAUAUUUUAUAUUUUGUUUCUAAUCUAUGGCUUGCCUAAAGCAUUCCUUCCUUUCAUUGGAAUAAUAUCUAUUCCAAUAGGUAUUUUUUCCAAAUUCCCUCAAAUACGUUUAAAUAAGAAAAAUAAGCACACCGGAAGUUUAUCUCCAAUGACUUACUUAUUCCUUUUUCUUGGUAAUUUAUCCAGAAUGUUUGUCAUAUUUUAUAAUAUAAAAAAUAAAAUAUAUAUGAUAAAUUGUGCUUUUUCGGCGGUCUUAAAUUUCACUAUUUUAUUCCAAAUUUUCUAUUACUGGAAAAACACAAAUAAAGUUUUAGCUAAAACCAAGGUCGAGUAG